UGUGUUUGUGUGUGUUCCAGGUCUGAUCCUGCUGUUCUACCUGGUGUUCUAUAUAUUCCUUGGUGGAAUGUUCGUCCUGACCAUGUACGUGAUGCUGCUAACACUGGACGACUAUAAACCUACCUACCAGGACCGCCUUGUUACCCCAGGUAUGAUGAUCCGUCCACGGGGCGAGGCCAUGGAGAUCCUCUACAACACCAAGGACACAGAGAGCUUUGACAUCUAUGCCCAGACGCUGAACAACUUCCUCGAAUCCUACAACAACUCCCUGCAGGUCCAGAACAACGAUGAGUGCCCCCCUGAUAAUUACUUCAUCCAGGAGGACAGUGGAGAGGUGAGGAACAACCCUAAGCGUUCGUGUCAGUUUAACCGUUCCACUCUAGAGGAGUGUUCUGGGAUCACAGACCGGACCUACGGUUACCAGAAGGGACAACCCUGUGUUCUCAUCAAACUGAACCGGGUGAUCGGGAUGCUUCCAGGGAAGGACGGCCAAUCUCCCUAUGUCACCUGUGGAGCCAAGAGAUAUAAAGUGGGGCAAGAUGAAUGGAAAGAAGACAGUGAUGCGAUCGGAGAGUUGGCCUACUACCCUCCCAACGGAACCUUUAACCUCAUGUACUUCCCCUACUAUGGCAAGAAGGCCCAGCUGAACUACUCCCAGCCCCUGGUAGCAGUGAAGUUCCUCAACAUCUCUCUGAAUACAGAUGUGAAUGUUGAGUGUAAGAUCAACUCCAACACACUGAAGACCGGUGGAGAGAGAGACAAGUUCGCUGGACGCGUCUCUUUCAAACUCAGAAUCACCUCACCUAAGAACUAGACCACUAAACACUACACACACACACACGCACACGCACACGUUACUGCCACAUGAAGGACCAUAUCAGACCCCUGGAAAUGGAGACCAGGAGGAGAGGGAAGGAUGAGAGGAGGAAAGGAGGUCCAAUGUGUCUCCAUCUGUCUCUCUCCCUCUUUCCCUCUCUUUUUCUCUGUCUCUUUC